ACAAAAACUAAUUUCACCUGUCCUCAAAAUGGGUCAAUGUUUCAGCAGUGGAAAAGUUCCAGUGGCGUCAACAUCAAGAAAGGACCCGGAGCAGAAAAAACUGAAAAAACCUCUCCACAAAAUGGAUCAAGUUUCGAGCAGUGGAGAAGAUCCAGUGGCGUCAACAUCGGGAAAGAACCGGGGUCCAAGCUCAGAGAUCACCGAGCUCCUGGCAAGCUGGAACGAUUUCCAGCUGCUGCAGUUGACGGACUUCUACCGGGACAGGCUGGAGCAGGCGAUGGAAGGAGGGGUGUCCGGAGUGAGCCUGGCGUUAACGGCCGAGAAUCAGUUCAGUGGAGAGGAACAUCGGAAAAUCUCUGAUCUCGCUGAUAAGGGAGAGUGGGCGGACAGUUCUAAACUCCUCCUGAGCCUGGUGAUGGAGAAAGGCUCCCGCGCCCGGAGGGUGAUGUGGGAAACCUUUGUGAAAAUGCGGAUUGGUGUCCCAAAGUUGGACAAAAUACUGAAAGAAAUACAGGAACAUGGUUGUGUACCGGUCCAUCAACCCUUACCGGAGAUUCCCAGGGAGCUGAAAGAACUUCAGCAGAAACACAAGGAGAGUCUGCGGGAACAAACUGAAACACUGAGAGUGAACACGAUCCUGAUGAGGGAGAAGGUGAAGGUUUUCCAGCUGGUUGAUCGAUACGCUGAGCUCACGGUGAUUACUACUGUUCGAGACCGGAGACUGGUGGAACAUGAGCUGCUGGCAAGAGGCAGAGACCACGAGGAGUGGAGACACAAACAUCUGUGUGACCAGCUGGAAAUACUCCGGAGUGAUCAGUUGUUCCUGAGAAGAUUUUCACGGAAUAAAUCCACAUCUGCGAUUUUGGCAGCAGUAGCCGGAGUCGCGGGGAUCGGGAAAACAACAAUGGUACAAAAGAUUGUACAUGACUGGGCCACGGGGAAAAUAUACCAACAGUUCCAGUUUGUCUUCAGUUUCAAAUUCCGAGAUUUAAACUCCAUUAACUGCAGAAUAAACCUGAGGGAACUGAUCCUGGAUCAGUAUCCUUACUUUGGGAAUUUCCUGAGAGAGAUCUGGAAGAACCCAGAGGGAUUGCUCUUGAUAUUCGAUGGUUUGGAUGAAUUCAAAGACAAAAUUGAUUUUGCUGACAGUCAGAGAGACACAGAACCUCAGCCCACAGGCACAGAUCCUGAAUUCAAGUGCAAGGUGUCUGACAUUGUGUACAGUUUAAUCCAGGGCAAGCUGCUCCCAGGGUGUUCAGUGCUGGUGACCACCCGUCCGACUGCGUUACAUUUAUUGGAAAAGGCAGAGAUCAGUAUCUGGGCUGAAAUCCUGGGAUUUACUGAUGAGGAACGGAAGGAAUAUUUCAUCAGACAUUUUAAAGAUCAGACUGUGGCGGAAGCUGUUUUCAAACACGUGAAGGAGAACGAGAUCCUGUACACCAUGAGCUACAACCCCUCCUACUGCUGGAUCCUCGCUCUGGCACUGGGCCCCUUCUUCACACAAAGAGUCAGGGACCCGCAGCGAGUUCCCAAGACCAUCACCCAACUGUACUCCUACUAUAUUUACAACAUCCUGAAAAACCACGGCCGUGAGAUUGAGAACCCCCGUGACGUGUUACUCAGAGUUGGUCAGUUGGCCUUCAGAGGAGUGUCCGAGAAGAAGAUUGUGUUCACAGAUCGAGAUUUGAUCAAGUACAAUCUGCAGCCUUCCCAGUUCCUAUCCGGGUUCCUGAUGGAGCUUUUGGAGAGAGAGGAUUCUGCCCGGAGCGUGGUGUACACAUUCCCGCACCUCACCAUCCAAGAGUUUGUAGCUGCAGUCGCACAAUUCCUGAAUCCCCAUCCCGGGGAUAUCCUGAUAUUACUCACUGAAGCCCAGAACAUGACAGAUGGGCGAUUUGAGGUAUUUCUCCGUUUUGUUGCUGGUCUCUCCUCCCCAAUGACAGCUUGGGGCCUAGAGGAGUUUCUGUGUCCACCUCUACAUCAAACAACCUACCGAGUGAUUGACUGGAUGAGGGAGGAGGUUAAACGUCAGAGUGGAAACACAUGUAGUGAAGCUGGUAAAAGGAGCCUCCUGAACACAUUGCACUACCUGUUUGAGUCUCAGAAUCGUGGACUGGCUCAGGCCGCACUGGGAUCUGUGGAAACACUUUCAUUCAGUGGAAUGCCACUGACCCCGAUUGACUGCGCGGUCCUGUCUCAUGUCAUCGGACACUGUGAUACAAUAAAACACCUCGACCUGGAGAACUGCCACAUUCAGUGUGAAGGAAUCCAGCGGCUGGUACCCGGGCUGCACAAGUGCCUGGAGUUGCGACUUGGGCUUAAUGACCUGGGAGAUUUAGGAGUGAAUCUGGUGUCUGCGGCUCUGAUGAACCCGGAGUGUAAAAUACAGAAAAUGUGGUAAGUACCAGACAGUGGGAGAUUGUGUUUACAGUCACUGGAUGUCUGGCACUGAACAUUAAUGUGAUCAGUAAUUGUGUUACUGAUGAACACUGGGGAUUUGUAUCAUCUCUUGUCUC